AUGGGGAACCGGGGAAUGGAGGAUUUGAUUCCUCAGGUGAACCGCAUGCAGGAUGCCUUCUCCGCCAUCGGGCAGAACGCGAACCUGGACCUUCCCCAGAUCGCCGUGGUGGGCGGCCAGAGUGCGGGCAAGAGCUCGGUGCUGGAGAACUUCGUCGGGAAGGAUUUCCUUCCUCGUGGUUCUGGCAUUGUGACUCGUCGGCCUUUGGUUUUGCAGCUGAUGAACUGUCCCACAGAAUAUGCUGAGUUCCUUCACUGUAAGGGCAAAAAGUUCGUAGAUUUUGACGAGGUCCGGCAGGAGAUCGAGGCAGAGACCGACCGCGUCACCGGGGCCAACAAGGGCAUCUCGUCUGUGCCCAUCAACCUGCGUGUCUACUCCCCUAAUGUGCUGAACCUGACCCUGGUGGACCUGCCGGGGAUGACCAAAGUGCCGGUGGGUGACCAGCCUGCGGACAUCGAGGCCCAGAUUAGAGAAAUGCUGAUGCAGUUUGUCACCAAGGAGAACUGCCUGAUGCUGGCCGUCUCCCCGGCCAACUCUGAUCUGGCCAACUCUGAUGCUUUAAAGAUUGCCAAAGAGGUCGACCCUCAGGGUAUGAGGACCAUCGGUGUGAUCACCAAGUUGGACCUGAUGGACGAGGGCACCGAUGCUAAGGACAUCCUGGAGAAUAAGCUGCUCCCGCUCAGGAGGGGUUACAUCGGUGUGGUGAACAGGAGCCAGAAGGACAUAGAUGGCAGGAAGGACAUCAAUGCUGCUAUGGCCGCUGAGAGGAAGUUCUUCCUCUCCCACCCUGGAUAUAGACACCUGGCCGACCGUAUGGGCACUCCCUACCUGCAGAAAAUGCUCAAUCAGCAACUGACCAACCACAUCCGGGACACCCUGCCUAGUCUGCGGGCCAAGCUUCAGAGUCAGCUUCUCUCCAUCGAGAAGGAGGUGGAGCAAUACAAGAACUUCCGACCCGACGAUCCGUCUCGCAAGACCAAGGCUCUGCUCCAGAUGGUGCAGCAGUUCUCUGUGGACUUUGAGAAAUGUAUAGAGGGCUCCGGGGACCAGAUUGACACAGCUGAGCUGUCAGGUGGUGCUAGGAUCAAUCGCAUCUUCCAUGAACGCUUCCCCUUUGAACUGGUCAAGAUGGAGUUUGAUGAGAAAGAGCUCCGCAAGGAGAUCAGCUACGCCAUCAAGAACAUUCAUGGAAUCAGAACUGGCCUCUUCACCCCGGACAUGGCCUUUGAGACCAUUGUGAAAAGGCAGAUUGGGAAGAUUAAAGAGCCUUGCACCAAAUGUGUGGACAUGGUCAUUUCUGAGCUAGUCAAUACGGUUAGGCAGUGUACCAAGAAGCUGGCUCAGUAUCCCCUGUUGAGAGAGGAGAUGGAGAGAAUCGUCACCCAGCACAUCAGGGACAGAGAAAACCGCACUAAGAACCAGGUGUUGCUGUUGAUAGACAUUGAGUUGUCUUACAUGAACACCAACCAUGAGGACUUCAUUGGAUUUGCCAACGCUCAGCAAAGGAUCAACCAAUUGAACAAGAAGAAAGCUGCUGGCAACCAGGAUGAGGUCAUGCCGGAAAGAGGAGUUAGCGAUCGGUUCAAGGUGAUCAGGAAGGGCUGGCUGACCAUCAACAACAUCAGCAUCAUGAAGGGAGGAGCCAAGGAGUACUGGUUUGUCCUCACCGCCGAGUCCUUGUCCUGGUAUAAAGACGAUGAGGAGAAGGAGAAGAAGUACAUGCUGCAGGUGGACAACCUGAAGCUGCGCGAUGUGGAGAAAGGUUUCAUGUCCAGCAAGCACAUCUUUGCCCUCUUCAACACCGAACAGAGAAAUGUGUACAAGGACUACCGUCAGCUGGAGCUGGCCUGUGAGACUCAGGAAGACAUCGAUGCCUGGAAGGCCUCCUUCCUCAGAGCUGGAGUUUAUCCUGAACGGGUCACGGAUAAGGAAGGAAAGAGUGACGGCAGCGAUGAAAAUGGCUCUGACAACAUAAUGCACAGCAUGGACCCUCAGCUGGAGCGGCAGGUGGAGACCAUUCGUAACCUGGUUGACUCCUACAUGGCCAUCGUCAACAAGACCGUCCGGGACUUGAUGCCGAAGACCAUCAUGCACCUCAUGAUUAACAAUAGUAAAGAGUUCAUCAACGCAGAGCUGCUGGCCCAGCUGUACUCGUGCGGCGACCAGAGCACGCUGAUGGAGGAGUCUCAGGAGCAGGCCCAGCACCGGGAUGAGAUGCUGCGGAUGUACCACGCCCUGCGGGAGGCCCUCAGCAUCAUCGGUGACAUCAGCACAUCCACCAUAACCACCACCAUGCCGCCUCCGGUGGAUGACUCUUGGCUGCAGGUGCAGCGGAGCAGCUCCGGAGGAAGGUCUCCAGCCAGCAGUCCAACUCCAAACCGCAGGGCACCACCAGGACCUCCGGGCCGCCCGGUCUCUCGUGGGCCUCCACCUGGGCCUCCUCCUGCUGGGGGACCCCCUGUCCCGUCUCGCCCGGGGGCUUCUCCGGACCCUUACAGUGGGCCACCACCCACUGUGCCUUCCCGCCCUAACCGCGCACCCCCAAGUGUGCCUAGUCGGAGACCCCCACCUUCUCCAACCCACUAGACCUCUGAGCUCCUCCCUCCCCCCGUCCGUCU